CGCGCUUUCCCGCUCGCGUCGCAGCCUCCGGUGCCACCGCCGCCGCCGCCAUGCCCAACAUCGUGCUCUUCAGCGGCAGCUCGCACCAGGACCUGUCCCAGCGCGUGGCCGACCGCCUGGGCCUGGAGCUGGGCAAGGUGGUCACUAAGAAGUUCAGCAACCAGGAGACCAGCGUCGAGAUCGGUGAGAGCGUGAGGGGCGAAGAUGUCUACAUCAUCCAGAGUGGCUGUGGAGAAAUCAACGACAACCUCAUGGAGCUUCUCAUCAUGAUCAACGCCUGUAAGAUCGCGUCAUCUUCCAGGGUGACUGCCGUGAUCCCGUGUUUUCCGUAUGCUCGACAAGACAAAAAGGACAAGAGCCGUGCUCCGAUUUCUGCGAAACUUGUGGCCAAUAUGCUGUCAGUGGCUGGGGCAGAUCACAUCAUCACCAUGGACCUGCACGCUUCUCAGAUCCAGGGAUUCUUUGACAUCCCCGUGGAUAAUUUGUACGCGGAGCCCGCGGUCCUGCAGUGGAUCCGGGAGAACAUCGCCGAGUGGAAGAACUGUAUCAUAGUUUCACCUGACGCCGGGGGAGCCAAAAGGGUCACCUCGAUUGCGGACAGGCUGAAUGUGGAAUUUGCCCUGAUUCACAAAGAGAGGAAGAAAGCAAACGAAGUGGACCGGAUGGUUCUGGUGGGCGACGUGAAGGACCGCGUGGCCAUCCUCGUGGACGACAUGGCGGACACGUGUGGCACCAUCUGCCACGCCGCGGACAAGCUACUCUCAGCUGGAGCCACCAAAGUUUAUGCUAUCCUGACGCACGGGAUCUUCUCUGGGCCAGCUAUUUCCAGAAUAAAUAAUGCCGCCUUUGAAGCUGUUGUGGUCACAAACACCAUUCCGCAAGAGGACAAAAUGAGACACUGUCCCAAGAUUCAGGUUAUUGAUAUCUCGAUGAUCUUGGCAGAGGCGAUCCGAAGAACACACAACGGUGAAUCUGUGUCCUACCUGUUCAGCCACGUCCCGCUAUAGAUCCCGGACGCGGGAAGGAUGACGAAGGUGACCUCAGGAGUGGCCCGAUCCCAGAACUUGGGUAUCCCCUGGUGCUUGCCUGGAAACAUUGAAGUGAUGAUGAAUUGAAGUGAUGAUGAAUUGAAGUGAUGAUGAAUUGAAGUGAUGGAUGAAUUGAAGUGAUGAAUGAAUGAGCCCAGUAGAUUGGUUCUGUCCAACUCUGCUGAACGGGGCUGGACUCCCAUGUAUCCAGCCAAAAGGGGAGUCAGAGAAAUACAGAAAUACCAAAGCUGCUCAUCUUCCAACUUAAAUUAUAUUAAUCAGCUUACGGAUGCUCGUAUUAGAACUUGCCUCUGUUAGAUGUCAACUAGAUUCAAGAAAAUAUAAUUUGCAGUUCUUGUAUUUUUUUAGAAUAUAGGGUUUUAAGAUUGUCCCAACACUGUACUAAACCACAUCAAUAAAAUCAUGCUACUACUUUC